AUGCGGUCAGCUACAAAGACCAGCAGUAUGUCGCUGCUGUUGAUGGUCUUCGCGACAGUGUCCUGGAUUAAUACAGCAUUCGCCAACAUCGCAUUCACCCCCUUUGCCAACAACACGAGCGUCAAACCUGGCGACUUUAUGGACAUCACAUGGACAAGUGCCCCAGCCGUCAAUGGAACAGCCGCCAACAAUGAUCCCUUCAAUCUUAGCUUGCGUGCACUCACUGGCCAAAGAUACGAUCUCCAGCGCAAUGUCGCUCAGACCCUCCUAACCCUCCGUGUCCAAAUCCCCGCGGGAGCUACAGGUGGAAAGCAUAGCUUCUAUGCUGAAUACUCAGGCACUGGUGCCAAGACCGCAAGUUCCAGCCAGUUCAAUAUCUCAGGUGCUGUUGUCACCACCGCUUCGGCCGCUCCUGCGCCAUCAGGCACAAGCUCAGCCAGCCACCCACCUACACACACAGCCGCACCCGGUGCGACUCCCUCAGCCGACACUGGUAUUUCUGGUGUAACUUUGGCGAUUAUCAUCGCCGUCGUCGUCGUCGUCCUGGUCCUGAUUGCCCUCGUCUUCUUCUGUCGCCAUCGUCGUCGCGUGGCCGAGGCUAAGGUCGACAGCCGGUCCAUAGACGAUAGCAAGGAAGCCGGCUUCACCUCUGGUCCAGGCGCCUAUGGAUCCAAGAGUCAGGACAAGGAGUCUUUGACGCGAUCUGCCGGCUCUGGUGGCGGACCUGUUGACGGCGGCAUGGUAGCCAUUCCCCUGAACGGUGGUCCCGCAACUCGUCCACCUCGCCCUGAGGAUGGUCCUCGGUCACAGCAAUCGCAUCUCAUGCAGCAUGCCGGCAGCCCCACCAGGAGUCCAUUUGAUGGACCAGAUAUGAUGAUGCCCCCACCAGGAGCAUCACCCCGUCAGCAAAAUCAGCAACAGCAUUUGUAUCAGCCUCCCCCUCAGCUCCCGCCACCUCAGCAGAUGUCGCCCUUCAGCCAACCAGCACAGCCCUAUGGAAUGUCCAAUCCAUUGAUGGCACCAUCUCAUGCCCACCAGCAACAGCAGCUUCAACGGAAUCAGAACCCUUACCAACAGAACAACCGCGAGUCUAUCGAUUCCGAGCUUGAGUCGGUCUAUGACCCCAAUCGCCCACGCGUAGCGCCUAACAGCAACCCUGCGGCGAACGUUCGUGCCUCGCCCCUGGGAUCUGGAUCCCCAUUGAAGCACUCGCCUUCCGCACAAUCGAUCAACAGCAACCGGCUUCCUCAUAAUAUGAGUCCUCAGCCCCAGAACCAGACUCAGAAUCCAUUCACUCAGCCGGAACACGAGAUCAUGGCAGUCGCUGCUGCCGUUGCUGCUGCCGUUGCUGCUGCCUCGUCCCCAGGUCAGACCCAUCGUCAGUUGCAGCAGGAUCCUCGUAUAAGCCCCGCUGCUCGAUCUGCUCCCUCGCCUAGAAUGAAAGAGAUUGAGAUGCAGCCGCUUGAUAUCCAGCAACACCAUUAUGAGCAGCAGCAAAAAAUGAUGCAACGCCAGCAACAAGAGCAACAGCAGCAGCAGUCUACACAACCUGCACCUGUUCCUGCCCCCGUUCCUGCACCCGUCCCUGCACCCGUCCCUGCCUCUGUGCCUGCACCGAUGCCUGCAGCCCAAAAAUCCAUUAACCCGACUCAGUUCGAUGACAAAGCCGAGCUCCAAGAGGACGAUAACGUCGUCGCUUACAACGGAUACCGCGACACCAUCUUUGGAGCUUAUGCUCACAAUGACGACGAGGAUGAAGAGGACGAGCAUAAAUCAUCCAUCCCAGCUGUCCCCGUCUUGCCAGCGGCCCAAAUCUCGACCCAGAAGAACACGGAGCAACCAUCGAUGGAGCAGGCCACCGGUGGAGCCGAAAUCCAGCGUAAGAAGUCCGUCAAGUUCACAGGAGUCCCUCCUUCGGGUCCUAUUGUCUUGCCAAGCCAUGAGGCCGCCAAAGAACACCAGGCUCAGCGUCAGCAGCGCUACCAGCAACAGGAGGAUCAGGGCCAGCAGCAACGUCAACAGAGCCGUCCUUUCUCGGAAGCAGAAUACACGGAGAUGGAUUUCGGCGACGAGGAUUACGAAGAUGAGGACGAUAUCAAGAACCGACUUAUGGAGACAGAGGUCCCCAGCCCUGUGUCGAGCACCUCCUCGCGGCCCUACAUUGACACCGCCGUCGGCAACUCGUCUUCACCUCAGACUAGUGCCGCGGGCCUCAAUAACUUUUCUCCGAUCCGCUCCCCAGGUGGAUAUGUUCCCCCACCACCAGUAGCAACACAGCAAUCCUUCAAGCCAACCGCCGCUGAGGACUCGCCUAGCCUGGACACGGGCUUCGGACAUGGCUUCUACGAAGAUGUCCUGGCAGCGGUCGAAAAGACUGUGCCCCCACCCUCGACGACGGCUCCUUCGCCUACAUCGGCCUCCUCGCCUAAAUCCCCACAGCCCCCUGCUUCCUCAACACCAGGAUAUGUCAAGCCGGUGAUGCCCCCCGUGCCACGGUCACCCUCGCCCCCACCGGCGAUGGUCACGCCACAACAGUUUGUGCAGCAGAAGCAUAUCUCGGUCCCACAGCCGCUGCAGAUCCAGCCCGUGAACGAGCAGGUCUUUGGAGCACCUUCUCCGCGCAUCGCUCCCUCGGUCGUGAAACAGUUCCAUGCGAACAAGGCCUACCCUUCCCCAUCGGUCUCACCGGCGCCACUUCCGGCCGCUAGCAAUCAUAACCAUAGCGCGCAGGGACAGCAGCCUGGUGGAGAGUUCUAUGAGGGAUCAUCGCUGCUUUAA